UAUAUGCUGUCACACACGCACAGUUCAGAACAUAACAACUAAACGGGCAAUAUUCGGACAGCACGUGUUGCAGUGCUCAUACGUUGCAGUUCUUGUGUUUUAGAAGUGUUUGAUGUUUUGUUGAAUAUUUUUUCUUACAUUUUGAUCGAUAGAAAAUCAAUUAACAAAAUGAAACCGAUCGAUUGUGAUGAAACGGAGAAUCUCCGUGUGAAUUUAUUAACACAAGAGAUCAAAUUCGCAAAAAUGCUGGCGGGUAACACGUUUGAUGGUGCGCUCAAGGAAAAACACAUAGAUAAACUGUCAAUUUGGUUGAAAAAUCGUGCGGCAUGCACAGAAGAAUUCACAGACAAAGAUUGCUUGCGAAUUUGGAAGGGACUGUAUUACAGCAUGUGGAUGUCAGAUAAGCCAAUACCGCAAGAAAAUUUAGCGAAUAAAAUUGCCGGAUUGUUGAACAGUUUCGAUCAGAUCGAAGCCAGUCUUCAGUUUUUUGCAGCAUUCUUGAAAACAAUGGCCAUGGAAUGGAAUAGUAUCGAUCAAUGGCGCAUCGAUAAAUUCAUGAUGCUGGUGCGUAAAGUUACACGUGAAGUGUUACGCAUUCUACAGACAAACAACUGGAAUGAUGAAGCCAUUGAAAAACUGAAUCAAACAUUGUCGAAAACCGUUUUAGGCGCUGAAUUUCAUGUGCCUAGAGGUUUGUUUAUGCAUUUUACCGAACUAUUCUUUGAAGAAGUAGCCAAAGUGUCGAAUGGCGAAAUCGAAGCCGAUAGUAUCACAAAGCUUCUGAAACCGUUCAUGUUCUACGUUGCCUCGCAAAGCGAUUACAAACUCAUUCAGUUUGUUGUUCGUCAAGUUUUCAAUCAUUUGCUGUUUCAAAGUGAAAGUGGUCGCGAGUACAAGGAGAAAUUUGACGCCUGGAAAUCGAUGAAUUUCCCAGGCAAAUCGAUUGACGAAUUGGUACUUGAAGAGCCCGAAGAAACUGAUGAAAAAGCUAAUGGCGAAGAGGAGAACGGCGACGGAGAAGAUGAAGAUGGAUCCGACAAUUCUGAAGAUGUUCAAGAUGAAACUGAAAUUAAAUCGAAGCCCGCCAUGGACCCAAGAGCGGGUCGUGUUGAUGUAGUAAUGCCUGAGAUCAAAUUUGAUCCGCUCGAAAUUGUUAGUCAACUCGAGGAUUUGAAGUACAAAAAAUUCACCAGAGUUCGCAAUCGCAAAUGUAUCGAUCGUAUUACGACCACAUACAAGAAAUUUGCGAGCGGUGUCUUCCCAAUUGGUAUACAAAAAAUUAAAAUCGAUCGCGAUGAAUUGGAAGUUCCUGAUGUUGAGGAAAAAGCGGAGGAACUGCUCGAAUUCGAAAAUGAAUUGUAUGGCAAACAGCGUGAAUUGAAGAAGAUCAAUAAGCGAAAACGGAAGAAGAUCGUUUCAGAUCAGACAUUAUUCGAUGAGUUCCAAGCAAAAUCGAGUAAAAUAGCUAAGAUUAAGCACGACGCCAAUUUGUGGACAGAGGAAGACAUCACCGAGGAGAAUGGAGCGGAAACGCCCGCAAAGAAAUCGAAGAAAGCUAAGAAAGUUGAACCCAAAGAGACGGUUUCAGCUGCCGAGACGCCAAAAAAUGCAAAAAAGCAUAAGAGCUCAGAGUGGGGAGCUCCGUUGGCGGAUGGAGAAGUGGAAUAUUUCAUUCCAUCGAAGAAACAACAAUUGAAUGGAGUGCUACGAGUAACGAAAACUGCCGAUUCUGUCGCCGAACAUGUAAUCACUCCGAAGGGUGACAAACCAAAAGUAAACGGUACUGAAGCAAAUGUAUCGGCCGAAAAUGAGACCCCAAAAAAAUCGCCGAAGGUAAAGAAAUCAAAAGCGGAAAAUAUAAUAACGUCAGUGGCAAAUGGUACAGAUACAAAUGUAUCGGCUAACAUCAAAGAAACGCCGAAAAAAUCACCAAAAGUGAAGAAACCAAAAGCCGAAAAUGUGACGCCAGUUACAAACUCAAAAACACCCAAGACACCCGAACCAAGCAAAUCGACACCGGAACUGAAUAGCUCGCCGAAAACAGCAUCAGAUAAAAAGGUAAAACCCACUUCGAAGUUAGCACAAUCAAAAACCUCGACUCCGAAUAUUUUUGUAGACAAAGCAACGCCAACGUCGUCCGCUGAGAAACGUGUCAAAAUCGCACUGAAAAUGAACCAAUCACAAGAAGUCACCGAAUACAUCCGGCAACUUAGGCAAUCGCCGCAUCCAUAUGAUUCAGCGAAGAAACCUUCGAAAGGUGUGUUAAAACCCAAUUUGGCGCCAAGCCCAAUCAAUCCAUUUUAUAAGCGAUUGAUUGGCAUAGAAUAAAUUUAACUUGCAACUUUUUUUUGUAAUUUACUAAAUAUUCAAUAAAAUUUUUAUCACAAUGAUGAAGAACAUGGAAAAAAGAAUUGAAACGUAAGUUGCUUCGACAAUUUUUUUUUCGCUUGUUUUCAAUUUUAUUUUAGUU